AUGGGUGACUUUAGUGUUGAAAAUGUCCCUGCAGCCCAGACCUGCAAGGCUGACUGGUGCUCAAGAAUGUGUGAUGUGUCUCACAGACAAAACCCUCGUGCAGAUCCUUUUCUGGUACAGCUGGUCAAAGGCUGUGUGCUGCACGUUGGAGAGGCAUCAAGAGGAUUUCUUCGGGUUGCAUAUCAAGGAUCAGAUCUUGUGAGCUUCCAGAACACGUCCUGGUGGCCAUCUCCAAAGGGAGGAAAUAGGGCUCAGGAGGUCUGCAAACUACUCAAUACGUACCAUGUGGUCAAUGUAAGAAUAGAAGCACAUGUCAGUGAGAUCUGCCCCCGUUUCCUCUUGGGUCUUCUUGACGCAGGGAAGGCAGAUCUGCAGCGACAAGUGAGGCCAGAAGCCUGGCUGUCCCAUGGCCCCACUCCUGGUCCUGGCCGUCUGCUGCUGGUGUGCUACGUGUCUGGUUUCCACCCAAAGCCAGUGUGGGUGAUGUGGAUGCGGGGUGAGCAGGAGCAGCCGGGCACCCAAAGAGGUGACAUCCUGCCCCAUGCAGACGGGACAUGGUAUCAUCAGGUCUCCUUGGAUGUGGAAGCCAGGGAGGCAGCUGGCCUGUCUUGCCGAGUGAGACACAGCAGUCUAGGAGGCCAGGACAUGGUCCUCUACUGGGAGCAGCACCGCCCUGUGGGUUGGAUCUUCCUGCUGGUGAUGGUGCCCCUGGUGCUUCUGGCAGGUCUUGUGUUCUGGCUCUGGAAGUGCUGGAAAUCACCGUGGAGAUGCUGCCCUGGCCUCCCUUUGGAGAGAGAUCCCGGCAGCCCAAGCUCCAGCACACGUCUAAACCCAGCUCAGUGGUGAUGAACUUGCAAGUCUCUGUGUGCAACUUCUGUCUUCCCUUUCUGCUCUAAGAUCCCUUGUCAAUAUAAGCUGAGUAUAAUUUA